AUGCACUUCGCAAUGGAGGCGACGUUUCGGGAAGAGGAGACCUUUUGGGUGAUCCACGCCCUGGCCACGAGCAGCGCCAACGGCGCCUACCGCGACUACUUCGGGCAAUUCCCCGGAAGCUGGGCACAGGGGCCAGCUGAGGAUGCCUUGUUGCUGGACUGUGCUCUCGCAGUUCACGAGCCUGACCUGCGCAUGCGCUUGGCUGCUCUAGGGUGUCCGCCGGGCGCGCUCUUCUGGUCGCCCUUCCAACGGCUCUUUGCGGGCGUGCUUCUGUCCACGGUGUGGCGUCGCUUCUGGGACGUGCUCAUCGGAGAGUCCUCGGAUCCGCGCGCGCACCCGCACCCGCGCCACGUGCUGGUGGACUUGGCGUUCGGGAUCCUUCAAGGCUUGCGCGAGCCCAUCCUGCAGUGCCAAUCCCCGAUCGACUUGAGGGAGUUGCUGGAGGAUUUCUACUUGAAGCUAUGCGAUCCUGAGGAGAUGUUGGAUUUGCUGGUUCAGUCCGAGGCGUUGCUUUGGCAGGGAUUCAGCCGACACGAGGUCUUGCGUUUGUGGGACGCGACGUCCGAGAAGUUCACCAGGUUCUUGUGGCAGCACCGCAAUCAGGACCUAGCGCUUCGCCCGUUGGUGGAGCUGGAUCCCUUUGAGACCGCUCCGCACGCCUGGCUGACGCCAGACCUGGUUUUGAAGCAGGUGCUGCCAGCGCUGGACCUGGCUCAGUCCGACCUUCAAGCAAUCCCAGCAAGGGCGCUCCCACAGGCCUUGCUGGAGCUGAUCUUUUCGAGUGACUUCGUGGGUCUCACCUCUAGACUGGCCGCACUAGUGGGUGCCACCUGGACCGGACCCAGCCUGGACAUCGCACAGGCACCGCCCAGUAGCCCCGACUUCAACUUUGACAGGUGGGAAGGGGUCAUGGAGAAGCUCCCAGGUUGGAGUGGACAAGCAGAGGAGAUCUUUGCUGCCUUCCGCUUCGGCAGGCCUGAAGAGGAGCAAAUGAGCUUCACCGAGUUCAUCAUGGUACUCAUUUGCUGUGCACGAGGCACCGCGGCGCAGAAGGCCACGGCGCUCUUCGAGCUCUUCGCCGAUGCGCCUAGGCCCUUACCCGAGCUUCCUCACAGGAUCCCCAUCAGCCGUGCAGCUCAAGGUCUGGCCGAGCCACAAGAUGAAGAGGCAGCGGCCGCAGCGGGUCCGGCCUGUGUGACACUGCCGCCCUCCAAGAGCCCUGCAGUGCUGGAGAUCGAGGUUUGGGCCAACGACUAUGGCCUUUUGGCGGGCUACGUCUGCGUGCGCUCGCUUUGGCCCUUCACCAGCCUGAAGUGCCUGGACAACGAGGAGCUCCGACGGCGAGGCCUGCCCUUUGUGGUUUGGAGCUCCCGUGACCCUGCGGCCGCGUGCCGCGUGGGCGAGCUGCACUUGGGCAUUUCUUGGGCUCCCAGGAAUCAGCAGAAGCCACAAGUGGGCACUCUUUCACUUUGUGUGAACCGCUUGAGGCUCUUCGACCAAGCUGCCGAGAUGGAAGCGCUGGAGCUUCCAAGGCCUUCCCUCAAGGCAUUCGCUCUUGACCAGGAUGGACAGAGGCGCCCCAUUGUGCGGCAGGGCCAGCGUGGCUUCGCGCAGAUGGAUGGAUUGCUGCGCGCCUGGGCGUAUCAGCCCUUCCAGAGCCUCUCCUGGAUCUCCAAGGAUGCCCAGCUGAAUCCAGACAACUCUUGGACCUGGGGUCGGGACCUGCUCCACUCCACGAACGACUUGCGCAUGGCCGUGCCCGCGUUGCCACGCUGCCGGGAGGUGAUCAGCCUCCAGCGGUGUCGUCAAGUAGCCGAAGUGCUGGUGAGGCGCAGUAGUUUGUAUUUGACGGCCUGGCAAGUCGUGCAACUGGCCGAUCGCUGCUUCCACCGCGCUGGACAUUCGUUUGCCCUCCUCGAUGCCUUGCUUUUGCCGGGCUUGGAGGUGCCCCCGCAGCAGCCCGGCUGGCGGCGCUACUGCGACGAGUCCGGCCGGCAGUAUUUGGACGUCACCCCUCAGCUCUCCAUGGUCCUCGAGCGGCAGCUCUCCGAUGGUGGCCGUCGCUUGCGGCUCCAAGGGCUGGAGACGUUGCAGCUCACGGACCCCUUCCCGGACCUUUCGAAGAUCCUUUGGCUCCGCUUCCUGCGUGAUGGGGAAGAAUCCUCCUGCGCCAUACGCUUGGAGAACGGCCUGGGUCCACUCACUGAGGUGGAGAUGGAUUCGGAUGCCACGCUUCAUGUGUUGACCAAAGAAGAGUUCAUCUCUUGCAUUUUAGCGCAUCCGGAACUCAGUGAACCUCUACGACGGCACUCCUAUCUCGCAUUGGACGCCUUGGGGGCCUUGACCUUGGACGUCAUGGUGGAGUGGACCGCGGCGCAGUACUUGCCGGUGCUCUUUGGAGAUGGCCAGGGUUUGGCCGUUGGAGGUCACUCGCGCUUCGAGGACGGCGCGGGCCACGAGAUCAAGGUCUUUGGGAGCGAUACGAUUUGGGACUUUCUGGAGAAGCUCAAGAGUGCUUGCCAGGUGUUGGCCCUGAAGCUCCAACGGGCCGAGGCCUUGUCCAAGAAGUAUCAGGCUGUGGCUGGAUCAGGUCAACAUGAGGUCUAUGCCUUCGUCCCGCCCACCUCGAAUCCCAAGGACUCGUUGGAGGCAGUGGUGAAAGCGCACGGCGACACCAGCAGUUGGCAGAUCCUGGACAAGGAUUGCACCUUCCAGAGCUACGCAGGGCUCUUGAAGCACCAUGGCAUGCCACCGUGCUUGAAAGUGCAGUCCGGCGGGCAAAACUGCCGUCCGGAGCUGGCGGUUGAGGUGGAAGAGAUGAAAGGGACCGGAGAGACCGACCAGUCCACGAGGCGCACGACUGAAGCAAUACACCAAUGA